AUGAUGUCUUGUAGCAUCGUUGAGUAUUAUGCAGAGCACGAACGAUAUAAGUGUGGUUAUUGUAAGAAAUCUGAUACGAGUUACAGCCAUGGUCUGUGGGCACACACAAUGACUGUAAGUGAUUACCAAGACCUAAUAGACCGAGGUUGGAGACGGUCAGGAAAAUAUUGCUAUAAGCCAACAUUGGAUGUUACUUGUUGUCCUUCAUACACAAUAAGAUGUAAAGCACUGGAAUUUAAAGCAACUAAAUCACAGAAAAAAAUAUUGAAGAGAGUAAAUAAGUAUUUGGCAGGUGAUGCACAACAAUCAGUGAGUGAGGGAAAUCCAAAAAUGUCGACAAGUCAAACUGAUGAACACAUAGUGGAGAAUUUAGAAGAGGGAGUUGAACAAUUUAUGGAAACCAAGAGAGAUCCAAAAGUUAUAAAUAUAAAAGACAUUGUUAAUAUCAACUCUGUAGAGUUAUCUAAUAUUAAAAAGGGAAAUGAUGCAGCCCAUCCAGGUGAUGAGUCAUUUAGAAGUCCUACAAGUGAUUUAAUACCUGGUUCGUCAAAUGUUUCUUCUGUAAGAAAAGAUGCUGGUAUAGACCCCACAAAAUCACCUUGCAGAAAAGCGAAGGUUUUGAGGCGUGAGAGAAGAUUAGAAAAACUUAAAGACAAGGGUAUUGACAUAACUAUGCUCACAAAUACAAGCAAAAACAAGGAAAAACAACUUGAAGAUUUGAUAAAUGAGUUACCAGACAAUGUUAAACACAAACUUGAGGUUAAAUUGGUGAGAACAACUCCUCCAAGUGCAGAGUGGUUAGCAACAGCUAAGGAGACACAUGAAGUGUAUGUAAAGUAUCAGAUGAAAAUCCAUGGUGACACACCAGAAAAGUGUACAGAACCAAAGUUUAGGGACUUUUUGGUUCAAAGCCCAUUAUUGGAGGAGUAUAGUGAAGUUGGCCCUCCCUCUGGUUAUGGCUCAUUUCAUCAACAAUAUUUGCUUGAUGGUAAAAUAAUAGCUGUUGGGGUCAUUGACAUAUUACCGAAGUGUGUAUCAUCAGUGUAUUUCUUUUACGAUCCUGAUUAUAUGAAUUUAACUUUGGGCACAUAUGGUGCGCUCAGGGAAAUUGCCUUUACGAGACAUUUGCAUUCUCUAUGUCCCGAACUCAAGUAUUACUAUUUAGGAUUUUAUAUACAUUCAUGCCAAAAAAUGAGAUACAAAGGAAACUUUCAUCCAUCAGAUUUGUUAUGCCCUGAGACUUACAAGUGGUUUCCGAUAAAGGACUGCCUUCCCAAGUUGAAUGUUACACCAUAUUCAAGAUUAGAUCCUGAUAUUGAUAGUGUUGAUGAGAAUUAUCCGAAACCUGGUGAUAUCAACUAUAUACCUAUUCUUUUUAAGGGAUCAGUAGUACCUUACAAGUUAUAUAAGAAAAAGGUAUCAUUAAGCAGAGGGCAGACUGAAGAGCUUAUGGAUUAUAUACGAUUAGUCGGUUCUAAAACGGCUAAAAAAUUAGUUUUAGUUAGAUAA